AUGUCCCGAAUUCCUCAGCCCCCUUCAUCCCGCCCUUCGUUAAAGCCACCAUCUACGCCAGGGAAAACGCGGAUAACGACCGGAAGCACGCCCAUUAGAACCCGCACUCAAUCAACACCGCGAUCACCGGCUCCUGCAAAGGCCAAGGUAGCCAGCCAGCCACCACCUCCUUCCCCAGCACCUUCAGCCCCCGCUCUAAGCAUCAAGGAAGCUAUCGCGUUAAAGAGAGCAGAGGCGAAGAAAGCACAAGAAAAAGCAGGAAGUGGCGGGCUAGACAACCUGGGAAGUCUCGAAGAUGCCCUCCCAGACGCGCCAAAACAGGAGGAAGACGAUUUGCUGGGCCGUCUGACUGUGAGAGACACGAUCGAGAGCGCAAGGAGCACAGGUUCGCUCAAUCUCGCGACGCGCUCACUGGUUUGCCUACCGUCGGCUUUGUUCGAGAUGCACCUCGGAUUGACCCCCGAUCCUCUCAAAUCGGUUCCUCAAGAACCAGUUUUACCUCCUUCAGAGCCUACAUCGUCUCGACGUGGUGGCAACCAAAACAAAGCUGCAUGGUACGAAGCACAAGAUCUUACUGUCCUCAAAGCGUGGAACAACGAAAUCGAGGAGCUUCAGCAUGAAAUUUCGCUUUUUGGGUCACUGAAGACGGUCGACUUACAUAAAAACAGACUAGCAAGCUUGCCGAACACGUUUGCAGACCUGACAGCUCUUACUGUCCUGGAUCUAUCCCAUAAUGCUCUCACGUCCGUCCCCGACAAUCUCUGGGCUCUUCCAGAGCUCACGACCCUCAAUUUAUCACAUAACCAACUCACGGCAUUACCAUUCAAUGCACCGUUUGUCGGCACCACUGGUCGGUCGAAGAACGCACGGCAACCAAGCGGAGGUUUCUUCACACCUGCAAUUACACGCGCUACCACACCCUUACCUCAUCUUGUUUCUUUGGAUGCUUCGUCUAACAAGAUUUCAGCGGCGGCCAUCCAUGACCAAUUGCCAGUGUCUUUGACAAAAGUCGAUCUGUCGAGAAAUCCACUUGGGCAAUCACAACAAUUCUUACGGAACCUGGCCUCUUUGAAGCGUUUGAAAGAACUCAGGUUUGAGCAUGCAGAAAUUGGAGACGAUUCCUUUCCUUUAUCUCUUGUUUCUUUUGUCCCCUUUCCUUCUCUUCGUAUUCUGGACGUGUCAGAGACCCAAGUCAACUUGAGUGCCGCUAAAGACGCCUUGAAACAAAUGACACAGGAACUCAACUUCGACUUCUCAACAGAAGAGCCCCCUAUGGGCGUGACACGCGUCCUUGUUGGCAAACGAAUUGUCAAGGAGCCAUGGGAGUUGGAACUCGAGCAACGUGCGAAGAGCAGAGCCCACACCACCGUCAAUUUUGGGGAUGAUUGGACAGACGCCUUACCGCCACCCCGUUCGACCAGCCGUACAUCAACCGCGUCUCCUACUCCUCCGCCCAAGGCUUCUGCAGCGAUACCGAAGAAAGUUAUCCAGCCAAAGGAAGUCCAGAAAGAAGCCUGGGAGAUCGAAGCUGAGCAGGGCCUAUUGACAGAGGGUGGCAAAAGGCGUGCAAGGGCGGCUGCAGCGGCUGCUGCAUCUCAAGCAGAGCUCGGUAAAGGGUCUCCUCCCACUGCCGAAGGACCUUCAAGUUCUCCGUCUCCUUCAACCUCUAUGGGCCUCAGCAGUCCGCAGUACUAUACACCAACCACCCAGACACUCCAACUACCAGCAUCUGCUCCGCCAACUAAAUCAGCAGGCCAUUUCCGCGCCUUCUCAGUAGCAGCUCCAUCCUCUUUCCCAAAAACCCCUGCACGCAAUGGAGACCUUGCAGUGCCUACCCCAACUCUUCCUCUGUCGACUAUCGUCACUCAACCGUUUGCCUCUACAUUACGAGUUCUGAUCCUGGCGAACCGCCGCCUCGACAGAUCCUUCGAUCUGCCUAGCACGCCAGAAAGCGUCCCCAUCAGCGGAUUCUUGCCUUGUCUGGAGGAGUUAGAUCUGGAGGGGUGCAACCUCGGCGAUCUCGUGGCCGUCCAUCAUGCAUCUGAUCCCGCCAGCACACCACCGCGCUCCAGUGAGCUCAUCAUACCUACACUGUCCAAGCUGUUCCCGAGUCUGCGGACGCUCAACCUGUCCUACAAUGGGUUAACAAGCUUUGCAUUGACACCUGAUGCGCUAUCGACUUUGAUACUUGACUCUCCACACCGGAAGGGCCUGCGUCAUUUGCGGUUGAGAGGCAACAAGAUUUCGGAGUUGGAUGGAUUUGUGAAGAUCUCGGAGUCGUUCAAGGGAAAUAGGGAGGUAGCGGGCUGGAAGAUGGAGGAAUUGGAUCUGCGGGAUAACGAGAUCGGAAAGCUGCCUCCGGAGCUCGGUCUGCUACCUCUCGAUGUGUUUUUGGUGGAUGGCAACACCUUCCGCGUUCCGCAGAGAAGGUAUCCCACAUUGUCAGCCGCCUUACAAUUGCACUAUACACCGGCCUCGAGGCAAGCACUUGAAGACAGUCACAGAGCUGUGAUGACGUGUGACGGCAAGCCAUCUCUUUGGCCCCUCAUACCACCGAAUACGGGUGCUAGCGCUGGUGAGGCGCUCAGAGCCACUGCUGAGCGCUGUAAGGUCUCCGCAGACGGGCUGCACCCGACCGCAUUUGACUUUCCAGCAAUCUAUACGCGAUCAAGGAGCUUCCUACGCGCGUUGAGCAGCACAGGCACCCGUUGCGAAUCGCCAGCUGAAGCUAUGUCGAUGCGAUCAGCCAAUGUUCCGUUUCCCUCGAAGGAGGAUAAACAUGAGAGCCGAGAAGGUACCUCAACUCCCAGCACAGAGCCUGAAAUGAGGAUUUCAGUGUCGUCUUCAACUGGUCGUAACUCUCAUGCCACGACUUCUUCGUCCAAACUCACCUCUUCUGAUAAACUUACUGCUCUUCCUGCCCACCUUCGGACGAGCUCUCAUCCUAACCUCUACCGCGGUUCUGGGAGUCCAAAUCCAGAACCUGGAGGAACGAAUCUAGCUUCUCCUUCGAUAGACCUCGAUUCGCGUGGUACUCCGUCGCCUUCAAAGACGGCCUCUGGUGCUUCAACCCCGAUUCAAGGGAAUAUUACUUCUAGUUCUCAUAGGCAGUCUCGGGCGUCAAAUUUUGCCUUGCCGAGUCUGACACGAGGAUUUCGGCACAGCUUGGACGCGUCGGCGUCUCUUCCAUCGUUCUAUGCGACGGACUACAGUGCCCCUAUGCUGGGCCAUAGCAUAUCGGCACCUACGCCGAAUUUCAGUCCUUCGAAUAGUGGUGGACAUACACGCCAGCCAACUCCAACUCCAACGCCAGAAAACGGGUCACCGAAGCAAAGAGUGUCCUUUGAUAGCGAUCGUCAUUCGCUACCCACUCCUCGCGGUGUCGGACAAGUCUUCGCUCGCCUCCGUGGCAGUGACACUCCCACACAUACACCAGCCGCACGUGCUUCGCCUUCAGAACACCAUAGGGACGCGGAGACCCCAGGGAGCCACAGCCAACACCUGCGUUCCCGUUCUCCAUCCCAGUCACGUUCGCGGGCGGCAUCUCCUUUGAGGUUCUUGCAUCAAUGGUCCUCCGGGUUCCAUCGCGGAAACCAGACCCCGCUCGAAGAUCCUUUUAUUCCGGUCGACCCUUACAGAUUCCAGUUGCGUUUCCCAUUCUGCUGCCAGGCUUCGACCCAGAAGGUACCCGACGUCGAGGAAGGUACAGCCUCUGCCUUCAGCGGGGCAUACGAUUGCGACGACCUGCUACCCAUCGAGGAAGUCAAGACCUCGUUUGCCAACGCACGUCUCUUCAUCACGGAUACUUUGCCCCGUGAGCUGUAUCUCAAUCUCCUCCUGCGUCUGCCCGCCAUGUACUUCUCUCGUGUUGCGCGGAUAUUCGAGGAUGCGGACGUUAGCAAACCGGAUAUUCAGCGCAUGAUCGACGCGUCGAAUGCAGGAGGAAUGCGCAGGCCGUCUACAACUGUUCCAGCCAACUUGACGACGGAGUAUCCACAUACGAUGCCGGCCCAUGGCACGCCUGGGCACGGACCUGCUGCUGCUAUCCCACCCGGCGUUCUGUCCGGAAUAGGUUUGUCCACUUCGGUUGGUACGGCUCCUGCCGCCUCGAUGAUGCACAUGCCGCUUCCAUUCCCCGAUGAAUGGUCUCCGCCUUUAGUCUCUCCUGCUUUGAUUCGGUUUAAGCACUCCUGGGAGUCGUUCAUCGACUCAUUACUGAGGGAAUGGAAGACAUUGAACGUCGUUUCCGCUUUACUUGGCUCAGCUAUUUUCACUAUCUUCCAAAUACCUGAGGCAGCGAGCGAUCCUAUCACUCGCACUCUCGCUCUAAUAUCCCUGAUAUGCGCGUUGAUGAGCCUCUCCUAUGGAUGCAUGUAUAUAGUGAGGUUUGGGACUAUGAGGAGCAUGUUUCAUGCUUCCAGAUGGGCAGAGGAAGCCAGGAAGACCAAGACGUCGAUUUGGUGGAAUGUAUGGGUGCUACUAGCAACACCAGCGGUAUGGAUGGCUUGGUCGAUGUUAUUGUUCCUUUCGGCAAUUCUUUCCUUUGUGUGGCGCACGGGAUCAGUACUCGAUCCGGAACAGCGGCCGCCCCUGAGCGCCAAGGUCGCCCUUGUGCCACGAAUUAUUAUCACUUCCGUUUUCUUCUUGGGGAUGGUAUACCUGUGCAUGAUUGUCAAGACGUUGAAGAAGUACGGGUCGCACCAAAGUUCGGCACGUGCGCUGCUUCGUGUUGGACAUACACCGCCGGACCACAAUCUGACUGCUGCCGCCCGUGCUGAAGCUCUUGCAAAUAGAGGGAGGAGCAAGACGAAGGUCGGCCAAGACAAUGACGAGAUGGAGAGAAGAGGGAGGGAAAGGCACAGGAGCACUUCGACACAUGUUAGGCGCCGAGAAGAUGACCUCGAGGAGCCACGUGAAAAGCGGACACGGAAAGACGCUGGACACCUGAGCUUGAAGAAGGCUCGCUCACAUGGAUUUAAGGGACUUCUUGGUCCCGGAGUCGCUUCCCGCGUAGAGACUGAGGCGCCAAGUGAUGCGGAGGUUGAGAUGGACGUCAAGCUUCCAACAGAGGUCCUUGUGGCGGAGAUCCCUCUUCCGAAAUAA